CGGCCCUGAAGGCUCGGUCGGCUCCAUCAAUCAAGUGGAUGCCGCGAGCUCCCGUCAUCUGCAUGGAGACUCUCCCGCUCACGAGUCACGGCCACGGUUCCAUGGAUACCCCGAGUCCUGCAGCCGGCCGUGCGCAUACCUAGCCAAACAGCUUCGCCCGAUCCCUGGUUGCUGAAGUCGGCACGCCCGCUGCUGCAAGCCUGUCAGCUCUCACCUCGCGGUAUUGUAACCCUCCACGCUGUGCGAAGUUGUUUGAGACGGACAUUGUCAGCUUGUCGCUCCUGCGGCCGUCAACCAUCCAUCGUCAUCGCGUUGCGUCUACCACGACGCUCAUCACCGCGAGCGAGCGUCGUUGCGUUAUCUAGCGCGCCUGCUACAGACUACAGUCGUCCCUAAGACGCAAGUCCACGCGAGACCGAGGCCCCCCUCCAUCGAGUGCGUCAACCGCAUGUCGCCGGCGCGAAUCCAAUGCUCGUCUUAAAGUACAACAGCUCGCCUUCCCUCCGAAUCUGCCCCAGUAUGUUCCGAGGAAGAGGCCCGGGUCAGUCGCAAGCGACUUUUUAAGGGUCACGGCUGCUAUCCUACGGGCGAGGGAGGUCCAGCCACCACAGCGCAGUGCUGCAGCCGCGAUCAUACUCGACCCAUCACACUUGCGCGUUGCAAUAGCCGGGCGAUUACGAAACAGCUUCUGGGGCUUGGCGCGUUGAGAGGUCCUCCACUAUCGCGCUCGAUUCUAUACCGAAACGCUGUGGAUCAUCAGGCAAAAGUAUCCCGUCGAAAUCCGAUCGCCCGAGGUUCGUUGGAGGCAGGAGCGACUGCUUGUUGCCGUAUCGAAGAGCCAUGUCUUCUACAGAGCAGUCUUACAACAGCAACGGAGCAUCUCCGUCAAUCUCUUCCGUUGUCCCCGGACCCAUCACUCACGCCCAAAAUUACCCGAUCGAGUCAGAAUCAAGGCAUCUUAGUGCUGCGCCUCAUGACUAUAGAGAUCACGACGGUCACACGUCCAUGGACCGUGCCAUGACACAGGAUCAUGAGCCUGGGGAUACCAACGAUGUCUCGUCGAACUCUGACGAACCUGCUAAGAAGAGACGUCGAAGUCGCAAGGGCCUUGGAAAAAGGUUCGCGUGCAGUGCUGAAGGAUGCGGGAAAAGUUACUCUAGAGCGGAACAUUUGUACCGUCACCAACUUAACCACAACUCAAAGCAGAUAUUCCGCUGCGAGUAUCCCAACUGCCCCCGCACUUUCGUCCGAGGGGAUCUCCUCAAACGGCACAUGGAUCGACAUGCAGCAAAAGGGCCACAACUUGGGCGACGCGAAUCGAUAGGUGGGAACAUCCCACAGCCGACUCCAGACUCGAUGCUGAGUGAUGUCAAUUGCUCUGACCAUGCCUACGAAUUCAUGAACCAGACAUCUGGGCAUCACUAUCAGUCCCCCCUUGGCACUUCAGACGGCCCUUACACUCCCAUUAGCAACACACCCCCCACUGUACAACUGACCAAGGCAACUUCUGCCAAAGCCACAAACGGGUAUCGCCCUGACUCAACAUACGAGACCCGCGAAUCUCUCAAUAGUCUACAUGACCCAUCACCGGCAUCUCGUCCUUUACAGGCUUCGUCGGAAAACGCUGGCGCCUUGUCGCAGCAACCUGCCAAUCAGCCAGUCUACCGGCAGCCGGCUGUGGCAUCCCACCUAGCUGAUGGGUUUGUUCCACAGCAGAAUGUUGUCCCCAUGCACCUGCCGCCGGCUCAGUAUCCGAGCCCCCACAGGCGAUGUGCCCCGAGCGCGACCCAGUCAUACGCUGUACCUGACUCCACCGACUUCGUCGACCAGGCGCAGCGUCAGUCUUCGGAGAUGGUCGUAUUGGAUCAGAUGGCCAUGCCUGGUGCAGGGCCAGUGUUUGGAGCGGAUGGAGAGCUCAACAAGUCGCCUUAUGUCGGCAUGCCAGAAGACUUCAUGGCCUACUUGUUCAACUCACUCCCCAGUGCCAGUUCACCCAGUGGCCCAGUGCUGGCUGCCGUAGGCUCCAAUAGCUAUGGGGACCUUCGGAACAAUCAAUAUUCUACGCCUUUUAUGGGAAGUGAUGGAUUGACAAUGGGGUAUUUCCCCUCGGACCCGCAGCAGGUCAUGGCGGUAAACAAUUUGCUCGAUCAAGAUACGCCCGAGGCGAGCAUCUCCGAGCACAAGAGCGAAGAAAUUUUCGACCUCAUUCGGGACAGAUUUCACGAAAACGAUCUGCCGCCCGUAGAGCGUCAAAGGGAAAGCAUCAUUUCCGGGGAUCGUACCGACGGCACCCAUAUGCUGAGCAGGAGAAUGAUGCAGGCAUACAUCCGGUCCUACUGGUACCAUUUCAGCGACCAGAUGCCUAUUCUGCACAAGCCAACAUUUAGUGCUGACACGACGCCAAAUCUAUUGCUCCUUGCUAUGAUGACAAUCGGGGCUGCUUGCCUAGACAGGACGCACGGGCAACAGGUGAUGAAAGCUGGCGCGAUGAUAUCAAACUUCUUGGCCCGGCAUCUCCGAUGGGAAAUCUUCAUGGACUGGAACUUUCGUCCACCGGCUAAGCUUUGGGUCUUUCAAGCCCUCAUACUCUUGGAAAUAUACGAGAAAAUGUACUCAACAAGAGAGCUCCAUGAAAGAGCCCACAUUCACCACGCCACGACGAUCACCCUCAUGCGCCGCGGCCGCUCGCUCAUUGGUAAAUCGUCUCUGGACUCUCCGCCGAAUGCUCGUGAGGGACAAAAUGGAUCGCACGCUGGAGGGACAUCAGCGCAAACGCCGGACGAAUGGUGGAACCAUUGGAUCACGAGUGAGGCUACGAGGCGGGCGGCCUUCGCGGCUUUCGUCGUGGAUACAACUCACGCGACCAUGUUUGGCCACUCAGGGGUGAUGGCUGCACAUGAAAUGCGACUGGCGUUGCCCUGUGACGAGUCGCUUUGGCGAGCAACGAGCAGCGCUGAGGUAGCCAGGGUCGAGUCCAACCUCAUUUCUCAGGGCAUAAAGCCUGUGUCGUUUCUUGAAGGCCUCAAACGCACUCUGAGCCACCAAGAGGUGCGGACGACAUCAUUUGGACGGACGGUUCUCAUGGCAGGACUGCUCAGCGUGACGUACCACAUGCACCAAAGGGACCUCCAGGUCAACAUCCUAGGCGGCGGAGUGACGCAUGCCCUUGGUGGUCGCGACAAGUGGAGAGCAACGUUGACGAGAGCAUAUGACUCGUGGAAAGCAGAUUUCGACGAUGCCCUGGAACAAAGCGAACCAUCAAGUGACCCUUAUCGGCAUGACGCGGCGAAGCACGAAUUCAACAUUGUCUUUGCUAGUCGGACGGUACUACAUCACCUUGCUCACAUGGCCAUGCAUGCAGACAUUGUGGACUGCCAGAUAUUUGCCCGUGCAAAGCGCCUGCUUGGGAGGACAAUCGGGCCACAGGAGUUCAACGGGGCUUGGCGCAGGAUCCAGGAGCUGUGGGCGCACACGGCACGAGCCCGAGACGCAACUUUCUACGCGCUGAAAUUCUUGAGCUCAGUGAUGCUGGCCGGCGCUGACGGCGAGCCCACUGUCCCCGGUCACAAUAUGCAAAAAUACUACGAGGCGCGGCACGACGUGCUGAUGAACCGUCCGUGGGUGUUGUAUUUCGCGGCGCUCGUCGUCUGGUGCUACGGCUUCGCACUCGAGGGCCCUUGCGCGGAUGCCGUCGUUGGCACGUCCGGAGAAGAGAUUCAGCGGCAAAUGCAGGCGUACCUGGUCCAAUUCGGAGGCAUUUCGGACCCCAGUGAGCUGCAUUUGAUGAGAGGCGUGAACAACAAUACCGCGCUUCUGAUGGUGCUAAAGGAGUCGUUUGAGAACACUCGAUGGGACCUCCUGCACGAAGCUGCAAACCUUUUACGCAACUGCAUCAUGCUCAAUGCCGGGGGAGCUGUGUAAUUCAUUGGAGGGGGUCGUGCCUGGUUGUGUUUCGCGUGCGUUUUCCCAGCAGCGACAGGGUUGGGUGGAGUGGGUUAGGACAUCCAUGAGCAUUGGACGUAGUACCUGUUAUCCUGUACUUCGUAUACCUAACUUUGGCUCACCUUGGUACAUAUGUUGCACGGCCUCCUAAGUACUAGGUAGUCAGUUGCCGACGAUCUAUUGACGCAG